UGUGUCCGAUCUAUUACUUCUGUCUGUCCCUUUUCAAACAUGGCGGCUACUCAAGCAACAAAUCCGUCGCAACUGCUCCCGCUCGAGCUUGUGGACAAGUGCAUCGGCUCCCGGAUCCACAUUGUCAUGAAGAACGACAAGGAGAUCGUGGGAACCCUGCUGGGCUUCGACGACUUUGUCAAUAUGGUGCUGGAGGAUGUGACAGAGUUUGAGAUCACACCAGAGGGAAGGAGGAUUACCAAACUCGAUCAGAUUCUGCUCAAUGGCAACAACAUUACUAUGCUGAUUCCUGGAGGAGAAGGACCUGAAGUAUGAAAGUACAAAAAAGAUUGUGGUUUAUUUUUGUUAUGAUUUUAACUUUUUCUCCAGGUGUAUGUUAUGGUUUGUUUUACUUUCAUUUCAAUUGGGCAAAAGUUCUUCUUGUAACAAAAACCUUUUUGCAGUGGGAGCUCAGAUUUUUUGUUUGUAGAAAACAAAUGAGAUCAUGCAAUGUUAAAAUUCUGUUUUCAUUUGAACGUUUUCUGUGUUAUAAAUAAAUGAGUUAAUGAAG